AUGGACGGAGUCAGGAUCACUCAACAAGUGCGGAUCCCCCGCGCUUGGCUGGCGCGCUUUCGACUGGAAGGCGAAGGCUUGACUGAGAAGUCCUUGUACUUGCUUAAGCCACGAAUUCGACGACACCUCGAGGCUCCUUUCCCCUUCCAUGUGAAAGCUUUGGUGGGGCUCAGGAUCGAAAAGAUUGAGUCUGGCGAGUUGGUUCAAGACGUCUUCGUGCAGAACGUCACGCCUUGGAGGAGUCAGCCGGCUGCUGAGGCCGAGUACCGCAUGCACAAGAUCGUCACCACCCUCCGAUGGCGCCUGGAGUCGGCUGCCGAGCGGAUAACCCUGCCGGGCAGCGGCUGGAUCGUCACGGACCUGGAGUGGAUCGACGUCUUGGUGGCACCAGGCUUGGAGAUCGCGCCGCCGCGUCGAGCAGCCGGUGGAUGCAACGUCAGGUUGCCGGAGUCGCUCAACCAGAAAAAGGGCAUCUGGUGCCCUCAGGUGACAGGGCGCUGCUUUGAGUUCUGCCAGUUCUGCAUCCGCGCUGCGUUCUUGGGCAUCGGAGACAUGUCAGCAGCCCAGCGUCUCCACACGGUGCGCUGCACUGGACAGCCUUUCUACGCGGAAAACCGCGGUCGUGGACGCCCAGCGGCAAGCAGCGAGCUCCGGGAGCUCGUCAGUGUGGGGCUUGACUUUGGAGCCGUGGACUCGGACGAGGUCACCUUCGACCAGAUCGGCGACUUCGAGAUGGCGAACGUCGGCAAGGUCGAGGUCGUUGUCUACGGCUGGGUGGAGCAGAUGUGGCGGGGCACCAGGAGGGUUGGCGAGACGCAGCUUCGCACUCCCUUGCAAGAAGUGGUAGAGGCUCGAACCCCGACGACGAGAGUGGUGGUCCUGCUCUUUGUCGAGGGCCACUACGUCCUAGUGUACAACUUUAACGCCUUUGUGAGCCAGCGCAGCUCCCAGAUUGACGUUCGCUGGCGCUCUGGUAACAAUGUGCACUGCUGCCCCAUCUGCCGAGCCAACUUCAGGACGGAGCUGGCUCUCAGGACGCACUUCAGGACCGGCGCGUGCCGCCACGACUUCGAGGGGCGGCGGUCCCAGAUCCAAAUGCCCUCCGCCGCUCGGGCCGAGCUGAAGUACUUCGCCAAGAGCUCGUGCGAGCUUGCACCCGUGAUCGUCUACGCGGACCUGGAGGUGUUCAGCAAAACGGCCCCGGCGAAUGCCGCCGUCGAAGGCGUUCAGAACAAGGUGGCUGCGGCCGCCUACGUCACCGUGGGCGCUUGUGGCUACGAACCUCCGGAGGAGCACAAGCUUUGGAUGGAUCACGCCGUGGAGGGCGAGUCCGACUACGCCGUCGUGCUGAGGUUCCUCAACUCGCUCCAGCACCUGCUUCGGGACUACACGGACUGGCGCGUCAACAUGCAGAAGCGACUGGUUUGGACGACCGAGCACCGCGAGAUGCAUCGAAGGGCGGAGGUUUGCCGGGAGUGCGGCAGGCACUUUGGCCGCGACGUCGUCAAGGUGGCCCACCACGAGCACGGCACGGGCUCUUGGCUCGCUGCUUUAUGCGAGGGCUGCAAUCAUGCUGCUCAGAUCCCUACUGAGAUCACGGUUUGCUUUCACAACGGGGGGCGCUACGAUUACCACUUCCUGAUCCGGACCUAUGCCAAGCUGAAGCACAUGGCUCGCGCGGUGGCGACCCCUACGGCCAGACGACGGUAUAAGUGA